GUGUAACCCUUCUCAGGAUAGUUUUUAUACUCAUUAAUGUCUCAAGAUUUAGUUGGCAACUAUGUUCUUAUUAGUCAUAACAACGUCGAGUCUGUUGAGCGAACUCGACCUCGGAUUUUAUCAUUAAAAGAAGGAUAUAAGCCUAACUUUCUCUAUGUACAUGCCAGAGUAUUUAAUACUAUGAACGGCGGUGUCAUGUUCAAUGCAAAGACUGGUGAACUUAGGGGUGAGUUUUCAUCCACACGUAUGUUAGGCCAUCGCUUUGACAUGGUUGUUGAAAAAGCAUUGGCUCAGGGGUUUAAGAACGGGAUGACGGCGAGCCGAGAUGGAAACACUUUGAUACUGAAGGCCUUUGAAGAUGAGCUAGUUUUUCAGGUUCAAACUAAUUCUGAUGAAAAAAUACAAAUGUUGCAUGAAUCAACCAGUUGAGGCGAUUGCUUCCAUAAAUUUUCUAUUUUGCUACAUCGUUGUCGGUGUAUCGUAGUAUUCAUUUGUAUUUUUAUGAUAUUCUUCAUUGUCCAAAUUAUUUUUCACACUUUUUAUCAAUUCCACCUUGUCUUUAGAGUUUCAAAAACAAUGUACACGUUUAGAAACUCUUUAUUUUAUCGAGACAUGAGCAUGUUUAUCUACUGCAGCAUCCU